UGUUGACAAGUUGUGUUGCUAGUGCUUUUGUACGUCAACAUUGGCAAAAAAAAAAAAAAAAGGGGGGGGGGAAAUGAGUGAAGCACAAAACCAAGAGAUGCUGGAUCCUAUUUGUGUUCACAAUUUUUCGGAGAGAUUCAUGGAGCAGACCGUUCAUUUUCACGUCAUGAAGCUCAGUGGUGGUUUUUUCCUCUGGGUCGGUUCGAGUCCGCUUUUGUCCAAUUUGGCCGUUUCAAUGAGCAGCAGAUACGACUCAAUGCCAUUAUCUACGCUAGUGAUGGGGGACCCUUCAGAUACUGCUCCAAAUUCUUUGGCACAGAGAUUAGCAAAGAAGACAAAAAAGCAAGUGUUUAUUAGUUACAGUCUUCCAAUGACUGACUCCAGCCUCUCUCUGCUAGUGGAAAACAGAAUAAAAAAGGAGCUUGAGCGUUAUCCGGGGAAAUUUUGAUUUUUCCAUGAGCCUCUUUGUAUGAAACUGUGGAUGUCCAUGACGAAGAAAAGUAACAGCCACCACACACAAUCACGUCCAGUGUUCUUUUAUUGACACAAUUAAGUGAUUUUAUUAUCAAAACAUGUAAGCCCGUGGCUUUUUGUACAAAUGCAUCAUUAAAAAAUAAGACUUAGAAAACGGUUCUGGUGGCUGGUUUG